CGUGGAUGGAUAUCUUGGAAUCGGAGGACUUGUAAUGUCUUAUCUAUUAUUAGAAUAUAUGGAAAAGUGGAAACGAUUAAAUGUGCUGUUUUUGAUUAUACAUCGAUUUGUGAGAUUGGUACCAUCUUAUGCAUUCGUAAUUUUUGCUUACGCAGUAUUGCUUGACAAAUUUGGUACUGGGCCAUUUUGGGAAAAUAGAUUUGGAUUUGAUCGAGACUCUUGUUCAAGUUAUUGGUGGGAGAAUCUCCUUUUUAUCAGCAAUUAUGCCAAUGGAGAAAAUAGAUGUAUGCUUCAAUCUUGGUAUCUGUCUGUGGAUUUCCAAUGUUUUAUAGUCGGAUUAUUUCUAGUGGGCAUAUUUUGGAAACUACCUCGUAUAAUCGGCUACGUAUUUCUUGGAAGCUUUUUAAUUAUUUCUACUCUAAUACCAUUUUAUGUGACUUAUAAAUAUGAUAUAGAACCAUUUGUUAUAGCAUUAGGAAAUUGCCGCAGAAUAGAUGAUCAUCCCUAUUUCAGAAAUUACUAUAUUAAAACCCAUAUGCAUCUACCAGCAUAUAUUGUUGGAAUAAUUAUGGGAGCUUUUAUUUAUGAUUACAAAUUUGCGACUUGGCGACUCCCGAAGAUGUGCUCUCGAAUUUUAUUUAUUCUACAAGUAGUAGUAUUGAGUCUUUAUAUUCAAAAUCUUGGGUUUCAAUUUAUGGAUCCAAAUGAGAAACCAAGUCUUUUUGUAAAAGCUCUCUAUGGAAGUCUUCAUAGGCCAAUCUUCGCUUUUAGCAUAUGCUCUGCCGCACUGCUAAUCACAAUUGGCGAUGGUUUAGAUUUUCAUUACAACUUAAUGACACAUAGAUGGAUUCAACCUUUUUCCAAACUUUCUUACGUAGUUUAUCUUCUCCACUUUGCCAUUCAAUCAUAUGAUCUUAGUACUGCACGAGAACCGUUUGUUUUUUCACUUUACAAUACGGUAAUGUAUUUGGUCGUAGACAUCAUUUUUGUGUUGAUUUUGUCAUUACUUUUCGUUGUGGUGAUAGAAGAACCGUUCAAAAAUAUUGGAAAUCUGUUAUUCAGAAGAAAAGAAGCAAACAAGCCACAAGUCAAAUUAUCUUAGGAAAUCUACAAGAAACGGGAUUAAUUCGAAUGAUCGUACUGGGCUGAAACGCUCUAGUCGGAUAGCCGACUACCCGCUUAUUGUCUGCCUUCAUUCGUGCAAUAGACGAAUGCCAGCAGGUGCAGGUAUACAGUCGUCUUUUCAGCGUCGAUUAGCCGACUAGCUAGUUAUUCGGCUAAUCGACUGGUUCGGCUAGUGGACUACGACAUACAUAUAUAUCUGGCUCUUGUGUGCGUUAGAAUUUUCUUAUUUUAAUAAAUAUGGUUGGCUAAAAUAUAAGCAGCUGGCUUUGUAAAGCUUUAUAAUAAAAAGGA